CUCGCUCGCACUCACAACGAGAAAGAAGAAAGGAGGAAAGAGCUUUCGGUCUCCUCACUCGCAGUCGCACCGUCCUUUUCUUUUCCUCUGCACGCUCCCUCCCCUCCCGGCGCCAAAGCGGCUACGGCCACUAGCGGUCAUCAUCACCGCCUCCUCGUGCCCCGCAUUUAAACCCCGCGCCAACCUCUGCUGCCGCCAUUGCAGCCCCCCUCCCCUCGUCUCAGCGUGAAGCAGCGCUAGCUCAGACCCCUCCAUUACUCCGGCCACUCAACUACCAGUCCUUGUACUGGAGUGUAGUACCAGUUGUGAGGCGCAGAGACUCCCUCCCCGUUUCAUAAGCUGCGCGCGGCGACGGGAGGCGGGAGAGAGAGAGCGAGCGAGCUAGCGAGCUAGCUAGGCGGAGCAGAAUGGAGCCCAAUGCCGGCGGCCCCGCACUCGCUCUUGUUCUCGUCUGGCUCCUCUGCUGCCUCGCCGCCGGCGCCUCGGCGGCCUACUCCGUGCCGGCCGACCCCAGGCGGCACCCUUCGCCUGGUCCUGGACGCGGAGGCUACUACCACGGCCCUGCACCGGCAGCGUCCCCGCGCCGCCACCACCACCGUCAGCACGCCCUCUCGCCGGCACCGGCGCCGCACCACGCUCCCUCGCCGACCGCGGGGAGCGACGGCCUGCCGUCUCGCCCGCCGGUCCCGGUCUACACCCGCGCCCCGGAGCCGCAGCAGGCGACCACCACCCCGCACUUCGGGUUCCCGCUGGAGCCGACGGUGGGCGUCGCCGCGGGCGGCCCGUCCGGAGCGCCCAGGAAGGGGGCCGGCGGCGAGGGGUACCCGUUCAUCGGCAGCAACCCCACCGUGCCGCUGCCCACCGGCGUCACCGACACCGCCACUGUGCGCCCGCUCCCCGACACGACCCGCAUCGACGACAACGCCAAGGUGGCCGGGCGUGCCGCCGAGCCCGUCCGGGCCGGGGCCGCCAUGAUUGGCCUCCUGAUGGCCGUCCUCUCCACUGUUGCCUUGUUGCUGUCCUCCUGGAGCUAGCUGAAAUCAUUGUCCUUCGCUUUACCGCCGUGUCAACUCUUACAUGUUUUGUAGCAGUGGUGUAGUACCUGUCUUUUGAAUGACUGUAAAUAUGAGUGAGUGUGGGUCAUCAUUUCAUCUGCCUAGUGCAAAAACUUUGGGAUCCAUUCAGAAAUGUGCACUCAUUUGUCCUCUGU